UUAGCCAUUGUUUGUUUUUUUAAAUGACAGGAAAUGCGUGACUCUUCGCGACUACACGGGCAAACAAACCAGACCAGACUAACCCGGGUUAGGGUAAGGGAAGCUGGACGAGGAGGCUGCCGAUACGUGUCACCUUGAAUUCCUCCUGCUCGGAUGCUAACACCGAGCUAACAACAACAACAUCACAGGACUCGUCCACAGCGGCUGUCACCCGGGAGGGGGGGGGGCUGCUUGGUGUCCACGUGUCCACAUGUCCCUGCGCUUCUUCGUGGGUUUUUAAAAAGAAGAAGAAGAUGGGAGUAGUUCUCCGGAACCUCCAGAAGGUGGUGUCCCUCCGCCGAGCCCGGCUGCGCAGGGACGUGGACACGCUGAGACACAUCCUGGGGGUCCACAAGUUCGACGUGGGCAUCGUGUGCGUGGACAAUCACAAGAUCCAGCAGAUCAAUCACACCUACCGGAAGAAGAACGUCCCCACGGAUGUCCUCUCGUUCCCAUUCUACGAGGACCUGCGACCUGGGAAGCUGCCGUGUCCUCUUCAUAGAGACGAGCUGAACCUCGGGGACAUUUUCCUGGGUGUGGAGUUUGUGAUGAAGCAGUGUCAGGAGGAGUCUCUGGAUCUUCACGAUGCUCUCACUGUGGUCACUGCACAUGGGAUCUGUCACCUGUUGGGCUACCGGCACGAGACUGAGGAAGAAUGGACUGAGAUGCUGCAGAGGGAAAGCUACAUUCUCACCGAGUACAACCGACUCACAGGACGUCACCUGCAGCCACUGAUGAAGACAUGUGAUCAGGACAGAUGACAGUGGCUGCCACCAGCUGCCUUCACACUUCAACACUCAACUCGGUGUACUAUGGUGCUUGAUAUUGCUUGUACACGGCCAUGUAACCAGAUCACACUGUUUUAUUUACUGUCCUGACAAUAUGUUUACAACAUAAAUGUGUUGCUAUUGUUUCUGGAAGGACUGAAACAUGCAGCUACUGGUUCUGUGGACGUCCACAAACACUGGAUCCAUGUAUUGUUAUGGUUUUACACAUUAAAUUAAAAGUCUGUUCACUUUCUCUGUAAUAUUUUAUUAAAAUCUGCUGUAGGAAGAGUCAGUUGUGUAUGAAGGGUAGAAAAAGCUGUUCAUUCUUACUUCACAAAUACAUCUGACCCUCUUUGCACUGCGUCUGGGACAGGAUGUGGAGGAAGGCAGCACAUUUCUCAAAUGCAAAUUCAAAGUGGACAUUAAAAAAAAAAAACAUGUCUGAAUAACUUUUCU